AUGGACAUGUUGUCAACAAAACAUCAACGUGUGAUUCUUGUCACUGGUGCUAAUAAAGGCAUUGGUUUUCAUGUUGUAAAAAAAAUUUUGAAUGAAUCAUCAUCGUAUAAUAAUGUUAUUCUUCUUGGUAGUCGAGAUUUAAAACGUGGUCAAGAUGCAUUGGAACAACUCGGCUCUCCAUCCAAUGUUCAUCUUCUUCAAUUGGAUAUGUUAUCAAUAGAAAAUAUCAAUGAAGCAGUUAAUGAAAUCAAAGAAAAAUAUGGCGGACAAUUAGAUAUAGUCAUCAAUAAUGCUGGGAUUUUAUUAAAUGAUCUCACCGUUGAUGCAGCUCGAAAAACAUUUGCUGUUCAUUAUUAUGGUAUCAAAUUACUCAAUGAACAGUUGUUUCCAAUGAUUAGAAAGAAUGGUCGUAUAAUCAAUGUUUCUAGUCAAGUAGGUGCUAUAGCAUUACAAGAAUCUUCAGCAAUUCUUCAAAAUAAAUAUACAUCACCAACAUUGACAAUAAAAGAACUUGAUCAAUUAGUUGAAGAUUUUAUUGCAGCUAUUGAAACAAAUACUCUUGAAGAUUUAGGAUAUUAUAAUAAAACGUACAGUCCAAUCUAUGGUAUUUCUAAAGCAGCAUUAAAUGCACUUACUCAAAUAGAAGCACGUGAAUGGUCAAUUAGUAAAAACUUACUUGUUGUAUCAGUGUCUCCAGGAUUUUGUGCUACUGAUAUGACACAAUAUGCAUCUGAUGCUCGUUCUCCUGAAAUAGGUGCUGAUUCUAUUCUGCAUGCCGUCAAUACUCCUCAAAAUGAACUACAAAAUGGUGGAUUUUACCGUGAUGGUAAACAGCUAUCAUUGAUCUCCGAACCAAUUCCUAGAUCAUAA